AUGCUGGCGGAGCUGGCGGCCACGAUGGCGCGCCCAGCCACGUGGACGGCAGGGGUGGUGGCGCGGUUGAAGGAGGCCGGGGAGAGACAACGGCCUCGCAUUGGAGCGCGCGGCGGGUCGGGGUCUGCGGGGAUUGUGUGGGCGCGGCAGAGGGAAAAGAGCAUGGCGGAAACGAAGGUAGCGGAGGAGCAGCGGGGGAAAGUGAGGAUUGGGAGAGGCGGCACAAUGGCUGGUGGCAGCACAGCAGCGCAUGGAGGGCGCGGUGGGGCAAGGGGGGAGCAGCGAUGGAUGGGAGCGGGAGAAGGCGGCGCUGGUGGAGUUCCAGGCAGCGCUGGCCCCGGCAUCACAGCAGGUGCUGAAAGAAUGGUCGCUCACGUCGCUCCUGCGCUGCCGUCCCUCUCCUCCUACCUCUACCUCAACGUCAACUCGCUCUCCUCCUCCAUCCCCACGGCCCUCGCACGCCUCUCCUUGCUCGUGGAGCUGGCGCUGGGCACGAACGACCUGGCGGGCACGGUGCCAGAGGCGCUCUCAGCGCUCACGGCGCUCUUGUCAUCCUGGACCUCGUCACCAACCGCCCCGCCUCUCCCGGACCCUCCCCUCGCCCGCCUUCUCCGCCUGGUGCCGCGCCGCCUUCAGCAUAGAACUCACCGGAACCCCUUGUCUGGGCCCCUGCCUGACUUGUCGGCGUGCACGGGGCUGGUGUGGCUGGACUUGGGGACGAGUGGCUUCAGUGGCAGCAUGCCGUCGACUCUCAGCCUCAUGAUCUCGCUGCACACGCUCAUUCUCCUCAACAACUCCCUCUCUGCCUUGCCACCCAUAAGCCUCGACUCGCUGUCGGCCCUGGGCCAGCUGGACCUUUCCAGAAACAACCUCACUGGCCCCAUCCCCCCCUUCUGCGCCUCGCCCAGUUACACGCGGCUGCGCAGCCUGCGGUUCAGUGGCAACGAGCUGAGUGGGCGCGGGCCAGCGUCGCUAGGCAGGUGCGAGCUGCUGGAGAACCUAUUCCUGGACGACAACCGCCUCUCGGGCUCCCUCCCUGCCACCUUCCGCAUGCUGCGCCGCCUGCGCCAGGUACCAGGCACAGCUGCAGGAAAGUCAGUGCCGUGUGGGAGUGAGAAGGCAGUGCCGUGUGGGAGUGAGAAGGCAGUGCCGUGUGGGAGUGAGAAGGCAGUGCCGUGUGGGAGUGAGAAGGCAGUGCCGUGUGGGAGUGAGAAGUCAGUGCCGUGUGGGAGUGAGAAGGCAGUGCCGUGUGGGAGUGAGAAGGCAGUGCCAUGUGGGAGUGAGAAGGCAGUGCCGUGUGGGAGUGAGAAGGCAGUGCCGUGUGGGAGUGAGAAGGCAGUGCCGUGUGGGAGUGAGAAGGCAGUGCCGUGUGGGAGUGAGAAGGCAGUGCCGUGUGGGAGUGAGAAGGCAGUGCCGUGUGGGAGUGAGAAGGCAGUGCCGUGUGGGAGUGAGAAGGCAGUGCCGUGUGGGAGUGAGAAGGCAGUGCCGUGUGGGAGUGAGAAGGCAGUGCCGUGUGGGAGUGAGAAGGCAGUGCCGUGUGGGAGUGAGAAGUCAGUGCCGUGUGGGAGUGAGAAGGCAGUGCCGUGUGGGAGUGAGAAGGCAGUGCCGUGUGGGAGUGAGAAGUCAGUGCCGUGUGGGAGUGAGAAGGCAGUGCCGUGUGGGAGUGAGAAGGCAGUGCCGUGUGGGAGUGAGAAGUCAGUGCCGUGUGGGAGUGAGAAGGCAGUGCCGUGUGGGAGUGAGAAGUCAGUGCCUUGUGGGAGUGAGAAGGCAGUGCCGUGUGGGAGUGAGAAGGCAGUGCCGUGUGGGAGUGAGAUCUCUGUGUUUGACUUCCUGGGGCUGGAGCCUCACGAGAGCAACCUCUGA